CAUAGGUAUUAGCCGCGCCGUGGGGGAGGCGGAGAGCGGCGCGCGGCGUGGAGGACGGGACGCCGGCGAGGGCCAAUGAACGGCCGACACCUGCUGCUGCUGCUGCCGCCCCGCCGCGUCUGACAGCCCCGCCGCCUGACACACGCCGCCCCGAGUGCUCGCCGGGCCAACAAACAUGUCUGCCCCAGUCCUGAGUUACCGCACCCGGGGAUGGCUGCGAAUGUCCCUCGAGAAGCAGGACACGCUCCUCAAGAUGGCUGUUCUCUCCCUUGCAGCCAUUCUGUCAUUUUCCUGCAGGUUAUUCUCCGUUCUUCGUUUCGAGUCCGUCAUUCACGAAUUUGAUCCCUACUUCAACUACCGAACCACCAAGUUCUUGGCGGAGGAAGGCUUCUACAACUUCCACAACUGGUUUGAUGACAGGGCAUGGUAUCCACUGGGCAGGAUCAUUGGAGGCACCAUAUACCCGGGGUUGAUGGUGACCUCAGCCUCCAUAUACCACAUCCUGAACUGGCUGCACAUCACCAUAGACGUCCGCAAUGUGUGUGUCUUCCUGGCGCCUCUCUUCUCCUCCCUCACCACCAUCGUCACCUACCACCUGGCUAAGGAACUCAAGAGCCCUGGCGCGGGUCUAGUUGCGGCCGUCAUGAUUGCAAUUGUCCCGGGCUACAUCUCCCGUUCAGUGGCUGGUUCCUAUGAUAAUGAAGGUAUUGCAAUCUUCUGUAUGCUGUUGACCUACUACAUGUGGAUCAAGGCAGUGAAGACGGGAACGCUCUUCUGGUCAACGAUGUCGGCUCUGGCUUACUUCUACAUGGUGUCCUCGUGGGGUGGCUAUGUGUUCCUCAUCAACAUCAUCCCCCUGCACGUGCUCAUCCUCAUGAUCACUGGGCGCUUCUCUCACCGCGUCUAUGUUGCCUACUCCACGCUGUACGUCAUCGGCACCAUCCUCUCCAUGCAGAUCUCCUUCGUUGGGUUCCAGCCCGUCUCCACCUCAGAGCACAUGGGGGCAUUCGGUGUGUUUGGCCUCUGCCAGAUCCAUGCCUUUGUGGACUACGUGCGCUCCAGGCUCAACAAGGCCCAGUUUGAGGUACUGUUCCGUGCUGUCAUCUCCACCGUGGCAGCUACUGGUAUUCUGGUGCUGGUGGUGCUGACAGCCAUGGGCAAGAUUGCUCCCUGGACGGGCCGCUUCUACUCCCUGCUGGACCCAUCCUACGCCAAGAACAACAUCCCCAUCAUUGCCUCCGUCUCUGAGCACCAGCCCACCGCCUGGUCAUCAUUUUACUUUGACCUUCAGAUGCUCACCUUCAUGUUUCCUGUUGGUCUCUAUUUCUGCUUCUCCAACCUCACUGACGAGAACAUUUUCAUCAUCCUCUAUGGAGUCCUCAGCAUCUACUUUGCUGGAGUGAUGGUGCGUCUGAUGCUGGUGUUGGCGCCCGUCAUGUGCAUCCUCUCAGGCAUCGCGGUCUCUUCCAUGCUGUCCACCUACAUGAGGCAAAUAGACGAAGUGAAGACCGAGAAAAAGAAGACCAAGUUUGAGGGCAACUACUUCAUGCGCAGCGAGAUUGCAACAUUCUUUGUGUGUGUGAUGUCAGUGUUCCUGGUCAUGUACACACUGCACUGCACUUGGGUCACCUCGGAGGCGUACAGUUCCCCCUCUAUUGUGCUGUCUGCCCGGGGUCACGAUGGCUCCAGGAUUAUCUUUGAUGACUUCCGGGAGGCAUACUACUGGCUCAGGCACAACACCCCACAGGAUGCAAAGGUCAUGUCUUGGUGGGAUUAUGGCUACCAGAUCACUGCCAUGGCUAAUCGAACCAUCCUGGUGGACAACAACACGUGGAACAACACUCACAUCUCUCGUGUGGGUCAGGCCAUGGCCAGCACAGAGGACAAGGCUUACGAGAUCAUGCGAGAGUUGGACGUUGACUAUGUGUUGGUCAUCUUUGGGGGACUCACUGGCUACUCAUCAGAUGACAUAAACAAGUUCCUCUGGAUGGUGCGUAUCGGGGGCAGCACAGAGAAGGGCACACACAUCAAGGAGCACGACUACUACACACCCGCCGGGGAGUUCAGGGUGGACAAGGAAGGCUCCCCAACCCUCCUCAAUUGCCUCAUGUACAAGAUGUGUUACUACAGAUUUGGCCAAGUGUACACAGAGGGAGGUAAGCCUCCCGGCUACGACAGAGUACGAAAUGUUGAAAUUGGCAACAAGGACUUUGAGUUGGAUGUUCUUGAGGAGGCCUACACCACCGAGCACUGGAUCGUCCGUAUCUAUAAGGUCAAAGAUUUGCCCAACAGAGGGGCCUAAGCCCAUGACAUAGUAUUAAUAUGUACAGAACCGGAUAAUCCAGUUUUGUGUUGUCUAUCAGUUCAAUAUUAAUUUGUUUAGGGGUGCUUCUCUUCAGCAUUGUUAUUCGUGCAAGCUUCGUGGCCACAUUCCUUCCAUUUGAUGAAAUAUUUUUGUUGAGUACAGGGGCUUUGUGAGGUGCAGGUGACCCAGGUGGGAUGAGUGAGGGAAGUCAAAGUCAUGCUCAGCCUUUGGAGGUUACUGACAAUAGAGUCAUUAUCUUGAUGUGCUUGCAGGUAUGCUAUUUUGAUUUUGAUUUCUCUACUUAUGAAUGUUUCUACUUCAGUUUCCCCUUGCUAUUGUAUUUGUGUACAUAACCCACUGGAGCAGUGUUUUACAAGCUGUAUUUUUAUAUACCAUGAUGUUGCACACAAUGAUGUAUAGCAUUGCAGAAACUAAAGAGUGUCAAUUAGCUGAGUUAGGUAAGAUGAUGUUACCCUCCAAAAUUCUUUAAGCUGUCAUAGUGACUUUAUCGUCUCAGGGGCAUUUGUAUGACUUUGAAACUACUGCUAAUACUACUGUUACUACGCUGUGCAGCUCGUGUGAAGGGAGUCACCUUAUACUGACCACUCAAAUGAUAUGUUUUGUUCUAAGUAAUAUAAAUAAUGUGUAUGAAUACUGGUACAAAAUAGUCAAGUUGCUCUUCCCAUUUCAGGAGUGUUUAGUUUUGUCAUCGUCAGUUCCCCCUGCUCUCAGACACAUGGAGGUGUUGGUUUAUGAUUUUGUUUUGUUUCUGGUAGGGAGCCAUAGGAGUAGCCUCUUCACCUACGUUAACAGUGCCCCUGGGCACCACCUGAAGGCCAUGGAGGCAUGGCACAGAGACUGUUCUGCCAGUGGCUGUCAGUUGUGGCACAAACCCACUCUGCUGAAUGGGUCAGGUUGUGUGAUAUGUACAUAAGAUCUUGACUAGCUUCAUCUAUGGGUGUUAAAUAGUUAUAACUAUGUAUAUGUGCCUGUUUUUUCUAUGGGUAACUAUUCCCCAUUAAUACAGACUUAACAGUAUGAUGA